AUGGGGUCUCUUUUAGUGUUUAUCUUCAAACGGAUUUUCCUCACAGCAGUUCCUCUUGUUUUCUCACAAAUUUCCGUCAUUGCUCAUUCGAGUGAUGCUGGAUGUGGUGGAGCGAUAAGGAACCAUAACGGUGAAUGGCUUGUGGGGUUCUCUUGUAAGAUUGUAAAAUGCAGUGUUAUAGAUGCCGAAACAUGGGCUAUAUUCAAGGGCUUGAGCUUGGCCUUGGAUUAUGGAUUUAAACAGAUCAUUCUGGAAUCUGAUGCUAAAGGACUCAUUGAGAUGCUGACAUCAAAGGAGAUUACUUUAAAUAGCAGCCUUAUGAUACUGCGAAUUCAGGAUUUAUUAAAGCGAAGUUGGGAAGUCCAUCUGAGAUAUACAAGUCGAGACAGUAAUGGUGUAGCAGAUAGUUUAGCCAAGAAAGGAAUUUCCACUUCAACUGUUUUUGAUAUGUGCCCUCCUGAAUUGAGGGUCAUUGUGGACAAGGAGAGCUUGGGAUCUAGUCCCCAUCUAGCUUGGGAUUUACAAAACGAACUCCUCCAUAUAUUAUCUCGUAUACCGGCGAAAUCGACAACUUCAGAAGCACUUGGGUUAAAUGGACUAGUGUUAGAGGAGUUCACCUUUCCUGCAAAAUCAACUCCUUUCAACAGUUGCCAUGCUUCUACCAUUGUUGAGAAAGGGUCAUUUUUGGUUGCCUACUAUGGUGGCACAACAGAGGGAGCACCUGAUGUCAAAAUAUGGCUGCAGACUCACAAGAAUGGCAGAUGGAAACCACCUGUAAUUGCUGAUGAAGAACCAAAUGUUCCAAUGUGGAACCCUGUGCUAUUUAAACUUCCAUCAAAUGUGUUGCUGCUAUUCUACAGGAUAGGCUUAGAUGUUCAAAAAUGGAGUGGAUUCAUGAAACGUUCAUAUGAUAAAGGCGUCACGUGGACAGAAAGAGAACAGCUUCCUCCUGGUAUUUUAGGACCUAUAAAGAAUAAGCCUCUCUUACUGGAAAAUGGUCUCAUGCUUUGUGGGUCAUCUGUUGAAAGCUGGAACUCUUGGGGUGCAUGGGCAGAGGUAACAACAGACUUCGGUAGAACAUGGAGAAAAUAUGGACCAAUUUGCAUUGAAAAUAAACCUCUUAGUGUGAUUCAACCAGUGCCUUACCAAACUGCCAGAGGAACCUUGCGAGUCCUGCUUCGAUCCUUUACCGGCAUUGGCAGAGUCUAUAUGUCAGAAUCCUUUGACAACGGCAAGACUUGGGGAUAUGCAAAACCUACUCAGCUCCUAAACCCAAAUUCAGGUAUUGAUGGGGUUAAGCUGAGGAACGGCCAUCUAUUGCUUGUGUACAACACCAUUUCUAGGGGUGUGCUUAAGGUUGCCCAGUCUGAAGAUGAUGGAGAUUCCUGGGAUGAGGUUCUUACACUGGAGGAUACCUUGGGAAUGGAAUACUCGUAUCCUGCUGUUAUCCAAUCUACUGAUGGACUUGUGCAUAUCACCUAUACAUAUAACAGGACACAAAUUAAGCAUGUUGUUCUUCGGCCGAACUGAUGCAGAGCAACCUGUUUCAGAUAAGCAGGGACCAACAAACCCUCCUGCAGCACUUAGACCAGAAAUAAAGGGUUGUGCUCCCAAUUGAAUCCUUUGAUUUUUUUUUUUUUGGGGUAAUUUUUGGCUCCACCUAAAAUUUUGAAUUUAAUUAUUAAUUUGAUGUAAGUGCUUGUUGAAGGAACAUCGCUUACAACCGUUGUUACCUUUGGUUGUGUUGGGGACAUGGAAAUUUUGCAGUCAAAAUAGAAAGAAUCUAUAAAUGGAUCUUUAUGAGAGUCUCAUGACCAUGCUUGCAAGAGACUAGUCAUAA